AUGGCUCUUUCCAAGGCACUCAGUCUUUCCAUCCUGUUGGCUUACGCCGAGGCCCGUUUUGGCCAGGAGCAGGUGCCUGUUGCUGCAGUCCAGGCACUUGGCGAUGCUGGCUUCGGUGAUCCUGGUGUUGCUGCCACCAUUGCUGGUAGCAUUCCAGGCUCCCUCCUUGCCGCUGCUAGCCCUUGCCAGAAGCUUACUAUUGCCGACCAAAUCAUCUCCGAGCUGGGAACUGACCAGCAAGUCAUUGACGCUGCGAUUGGCCUCGUCGCUGCUGAGACCAACUUCAACCCUUUCGCCGUCGACGUGCCAUUCGUGUGCGCCGACCCUAGCCUUCCUGCGACUGCUGAGCUCCGAGGCAUCGUCCCCCUUGUUGACCCCGCUGUUGGUGGCUCAGAUGUUGAGAAUGCCAACUCUGCAACCUCGAAGCAGACGCCUUUUGACGCCACGGGCCUGUCUCAGGCUGAAGUCAUGAUUGCUCAGGGCUUUGGCAACUUCACCGCCGUUGGUGCCGAUGGACAGCAGGUCGCACUUGACGGACAGGACGGUGCUGGAGCUGGAGCCGGUGCUGGAGCUGGAGCUGGUGCUGGAGCUGGCGGUGCUGGUGACGGUGGUGCCAAUGAUGGUGCUGCUGGUGACGAUGCCGCUGCCGGCGAUGAUGCUGCCGCUGGAGACGACGCUGCCGCUGGAGACGACGCUGCUGCUGGUGAUGAUGCCGCUGCCGGCGACGGUGCUGCUGAAGGCGGUGCCGCAGCUGGUGAUGACGCCGCCGCUGGAGACAAUGAGGACUGCGACGACACUCCGGCUGGUGUUCUCCCCCCUAAUAAUAACAGCACUGCCGGAGUCGGAGCUGGAGCUGGAGCUGGAGCCGACAAGGCCGCUCCCAGCAACGGUACCCUCCAAGACGGAGCUGGAAACAACGAUCAAGGCAAUGACGAUGGUCAGGAUGAUGCUGGUCAGGACGACGGCGCCGACGAUGCCAACGAUGCCGAAGAUGAUGAUACCGAGGACAACAACGAUGACAAUGAUGGUCACCGAGGCUCUGGUCGUGGAAGAAGGCUACGACUGACACUUGGUCGUCUUCGGGGAGCCAACCGGGGAGCCAACCGGGCCCAACGAGGGGGAAAUGAAAACCAACAAAACGACGACAAGGAUAACGGCAACGACAACGCUGCCGGUGACGAUGCUGCUGCUGGAGAUGAUGCUGCCGCUGGAGAUGAUGCCGCAGCUGGAGAUGAUGCCGCAGCUGGAGAUGAUGCCGCCGCUGGAGACGACGCUGCUGCCGGUGACGAUGCUGCCGCUGGAGACGACGCUGCUGCCGGUGACGAUGCUGCCGCUGGCGAUGACGCCGCCGCUGGAGAUGAUGCCGCCGCUGGAGACGACGCUGCUGCCGGCGAUGCUGCCAAGGGAGGAAACAACCAAAAUGGAGGCGCCAACAAUGGAAACGCCAACAACGGAACCGAGGCGGACGGAGCCGCGUGCAACAACCAGGGCAACAACCGGGGCAACAACGGCCAGGGCAACAACGGCCAGGGCAACAACGGCCAGGGCAACAACGGCCAGGGCAACGGAGCUGAUAAUGCUGCUGGUGACGGCGCUGCUGGUGGUAAUGACAAUGCCAACAACGGAGGCAACAACCAGGGCAACGCUGGAGAUGAUGCUGCCAACGGCGAUGAUCAGGGCAACCAAGAUGGCGCUGCCGGCAACGACCAGAACGGCCAGGAUGGUCAGGAUGGAAACCAGGGCAAUGGUCAAGGAAACGCCGGCAAUGCAGGUGAUAACCAGAACCAGGACGGCAAUAACCAGGGCGGCAACAACCAGGGCAACGCUGGCAACGCUGGCAACGCCGGCGAUGACCAGAACCAAGAUGACAACGCUGGAGGCGCCGAUCAGGGCCAGGACGGUGCUGACGAUGGUGCCGCUGGAGGAGCCAACGGUGAUCUCGACUUUGGCGUCUGCCAACCCACGAUGGCACGAAUCGGUGGUCUCAACGGCCGACCAGCUGACGAGUUCACCUUCAUCCCCCAGGAUCCUUUGGUGGCUGAGGGCCAGCAGGAGGCGUUGAACCCCAACAUCAUCACCAACCGCAUCUGCGAUCAGCUCACCAACGUCUGCAACGCCAACGAUGCCGCAAAGGCGGCUUGCGAGUCGGCCAAGGCCGAGAUUGAGGCUCUGGGCACUCGUGAUCAGAGCACAGCUGACACAUGGAACGCCCUUCUGGGCUUUGCCGGUGUCGACUCGACCCAGCAGGUUGUUUAA